AUGACUGAGGCCAAAAAUCUUACAUGUGGCAUAUGCAAGGAUCUGUAUGUCUUCUGGGCGUUCAUAUUUAGUACUUUUGUUGAACUCUUAGGCACUGAGCUGAAGGUAAAGCGAAUAAAUAUGUGACAGCGUAGAAUUUAUAGGAUUAUGGUGGUGUUUCUAGCCUCCCCCAUUGUCGUGGAAAAACUGGCAAGAAUAUUCAAUGUAUGCUCGAAGUUAAGGACAGUAAAUGGUGGUCGAUUGGUAGGACUAUGGUUUUAGAAGCACACGUUUAACUUCCGUCUGCAUAACUUCUGAUUUAUGACAAUUUAAAGCCAAGUGGCAAAGUAAAUUAGGCAGUCUGGGUUAAAUCUCCCCAUAUCGCUUUUCUUGUGGAAAUACUUUCCUCCGACCUGAGAUAACCUCAAAAUCAAAUGUUCAUUUAGUCGCAAUUCGUUGUACAUGAAUCCUAUUUGAAAAGUAUAUACACUGAAGAUAGUACAUGAAGGCAAAAACGAGCACCUUGCAAACUAACAGCCCUGACCUUUUACAAGCAUGGUCUCAGUAAGUCGUUAACACGAAAUCCUCCUUCAGAUUUCUGUUCCUUUUGAGAAGGGUUUUAGUGGAGUUGACUUACCCCUCUGCAUUCCUAUGAAGGAAGAACAUUUUGACGAUAGAGGGGUCGGCUGCAUGAGGCCAAAGGAAGUUUGCUCCCAUAUAGAUUCGUUCCUAGUCGAUCUUUGAAAAAGUGAGCUUAUGUGGAGCUUUAAUUUAUACCCCCUACAUAGAGCUGGGGAUGACUAAAUGCUAUCUUCGUAGGAUCACACGCGCACAAAAGAAAUCAUUGCGACGAAUUCUCCGUCAAUAUUCUGACCCGUUUUGAUUUCGCCUGUUUCAGUUCUGACAAUGCCUUCUGUUUUUUUUACUUCCCUGUCAGCUUUCGAAACCCCUACCAACUUCCAUGCGGCCACAGUUUCUGUCGUCGGCCAUGCCUUCUUCGGACGCCCUCUUCCGAUUUUGGAAGCUGCCCCUACUGUCACAUUGAGGUUCACGAGUCUUUACUGGAGCAAAACGGAGAGUUGGAGGAACGUGUGCAAAACUAUUUGGCGAAGAGAAGAAACUCAAUAUCGCGGCGUGUGGCCUGUCAGUUUUGCAGGGAUCUGCGUGACCAUUGCACGAUGUGUCCUCAUUGCGACCGACAGCUUUGCGAUCUUUGUCUCAAGGAGCACGUAGAUGAGGUAAUGUUAAAUUCGCAUUAAUUAGAUUAACAAUUCAAACUUUUUCUCCACCCAUCUUCAUUGCCCACCUCCUCCUCCUCCUCCUCCCCAUCAUCAUCAUCAUCAUCAUCAUCAUCAUCAUCAUCAUCAUCAUCAUCAUCAUCAUCAUCAUCGUCGUCGUAGUCGUCUUCUUCUAGUCAUUGAACGCGUCCCAGUGGACCAAUAAUCCGAAUGGAUCUUUCGCCGAUUGUCUACAAUAUGUUUAGGCUUUGAGAUGGAGGUCCGGCACGCAUGCGCAUUCGCAUGUUAUCCCAACAGUUAUUUCCAUCGUUAUGUUAUUGCACCUAACGGAGCACCGUGGUUUAUCACAUACCCCAUUGUCCAGUCCAGCGAUUUGCCUGUGCACAAGCCCCAAACUUUUCGGUAUUUCCUGGACGAUAUCUAUACUUUAACUUCAGUGUACAAUUAUUACGAUCACUGGGACAAGAACUUUAUUGGCCUAAAGUUUCGGAUUCCUGCUUAACCCCAUCACAAGAGACAAUAGCAGGUACGAGAGAUAGGUUAGAGCAGGAAUCCGAAAGCUCAGACGAAUAAAGCUCUUGUCCCAGCGAUCGUAUCUCCUUCUUUACGACUGCUUCCUGUUACUCGUCUCUUUGCCUCUAUCGACAAUUGUUUCUAUUGUGGACAAAAUUUCGUUUUGUAGCCGUACCUGUUAGGAGUUAGGGGUUUGGGGUUUGGGGUAAAGGUCAAGGGGUUAGGGUUAGAGGCUAUGGUUGGGGAUUAAGGUUAGGAUCAUGGGUUAGAGGCUUGGCUGGGGCUUGUUUACUGCACGUACAGUUACGAUACAAGAUCCACCCUAUUAUUAACAAAUAUAAAUUACUGAGUCAUUGUCAUCGGCCAAAAACAUAUGCACUCUGUACACAUCAGCGAGGUUCUAAAUGCUGCUAGGCAGACCUGGCAGCCUGGGUCUCGGCCAAUCACAUCCUUUCAAACUGGCCAAUCAGCCUCAAGGCUGAAUCAGAUGUGCGCUCGUUCAAGGAGCUGCACCAGGUAAGCCAUGCGACCUGUGUGGGACGUGUGUUCUCCCGUCUGGCUGCCAACUGGUUUCAACCCGUUUUCCAAUUGUUCUCUACAGAACACAACCUCCUUUCAGCCAACGUCCACCUCUUCUCUCUACUUGGGACCGGGCCUGGAGGUCGCAAUGGCCAGUGUCUGUCUGCUGGCUUUAGCUGUCGUGGCAAAUCUUCUGCUAUCUUUGUGAAAGCUGCUGUUCUGUAGCAAUGAAUAUACAUAUGUUUGGGACUUUGCAAAACCACCACGUCUUCAGAAGAUGCGGGGGUAAGAUGAUAGUUGUUAGCCGUGCCCACUGACUCCACAAUGGUACCUACUGGCUCGAUUUCAGUAGCCGUGAUUGCGUUCUCAUUAUGCUACGAAAUUCACGCGCACGCUGUAUUACCUGUAUCAGAUUCAUUUUAGAGGUGCUAUCCUGGGCAAAUUUGCACCGGUAACGAUGACAAUAAGGCUUACCCUACAUCAAAUUUGAUAAAAAGAGGUAGCUUUUGACUGACCCAUUCAUUGUAGAGGUACUAUUUGGGGCGGAUUGGCACCGGUAACGAUGGCAAUGAGGCUUACCCUUUUCAUUAGCAGAGGUAGCUUUCGACUGCCUCAUUAUUUGUGGUUUUUCUCUUCCGCCAAAUCAAUUUUUCGCAUAAAAGUCUUACCCGGCUUGCGUUGCGGCGUUCCGCGGGCCACUGCUUGACUCUCGUGUUCUUCUGUCUAUUAUGUUGGAUGGAGUUCUAUCGCACACACUGCGGAAUGACCUUCGGACCAGUUGCCUUCUUUCCAUUAGUUGUUCGCCUUCACUUGUUUUUCUUUCCAAUCUAAGGCUAGAAUGCAUUUUUUCCGCACACCUUUCAAAGUCUCCUUGCUCAUUUCCAUACCUUCCUUGUAUUUUUCACCUAAUCUAAAUUAGGCUUCCACUUUACUAGGAGCGUCAAUCUCUAGCAUAUAUUACACUCGCCAUUUACCUGUCCACUCAAUUUUCCCACCCGUAUAGCCCCUUAUACCACCGGUCCCGAUUGACAGGCAGCUGGGAGUUUGCGAUGUCAGGAGGGCUACCAACUAUCAUUUAACCGAUGCGGGUUACGAAAAUGAGAUAUACGUGUAACACGUUUAAACACUAGGCAGUUUGAGUUGCCUCUGCCAUUUUAAAAGCCGCCGACAAUCAAGAUGAUAUCAUGGAAAAUAAUGUUGAUAAUAAGAGGCACAUCGAUGCAAGGGUUGUUGAGGUAAUGUUUGCAAACUCUCUCUGAUUAACAUCAACUUGAUAAACAUAUGUACCUUCAAAAUGUACCCGCGACUCAUUGUCAGAUCUGUCUAACAGUAGGCGUAAACGGCAACUGUUAAGUUAAAAUUGGUCAUGGUUGGCGGAUUCCCAACCGAAGCCUAUGAUACAUUUUAGACCUUUGAACGAUAUUUAGUUACACGUCUCUCUGUUGACACAAGAAAAAUUGUGAUUGAAUAGAAGUUAACCACGGUAGUCUACCAUACCGAAAUAUACGUUUUGACUCACAAAAUUGCAAUCGAAGACACAUUUAGCGAAUUUCUCCAGACGACAUGUAACUGAACUCGUUAAAUUUAAUCACUGGCAUUGUGUCCAGAUAGACGAAGCUUCCGAGCACGCAGUAAAAGCAAAAUUCUGACGGCUGACUUAAAAUGUAGGUUUAACGCUCUUCCAAAACCCGAAAAUAUGUCGGUCGCUUCGUCAAAGUGUGUCGAAUCCACAGCAGGACUGUACUUUAAGUAGGACCAUCUGAACACGAUCCCAAAAUCCCCUAGGACACUAUCAAAACACCCUCAUCCCAGGUACUGACCGCGCAGUCCAGUCGUGCUUUAAGGUUUAAACCGUGGACUUUCAACUUGCCUAUAACAUAAUCACUUGAUAAGCUUCUCUCUGAAUAUAUCUGUGAUGCACAUAGCAUUCUCAACAAUACGCGGAGGAUCUGCAAACUAACAGAGCAGUGGAUGUUGCAGAUUCUAACCAGAAAUCGUCGUUUAUAUUGUCUUUGUUGGAAUCUAAUAGUUCCGGCUUUGAAUCGUUCGUAUAUGCGUUCGUCAGGUUCGUUCACCAGUCCGCAAGAAUUGUCGAGUAAGCUGCAGACACUGCAAUUGUUCACAUUUCUGCCUAUUUUCGUUCCCUCUCAUCCAAUGGGAAUCAAUACUCCUCAACAUGAUUUAUUCUGAACACUGAAAGCUAACUUUCUAAGGUAGUAGGCAUGAAGAGAAAAUGCGCAGGGAAGCGUUGGAGGCCUGUCCAAGUGCGGAUUAGUUCCAAGAUCUGCAACAGGCUAUAUUUCGCGAUCGAAUCGCAUUACCGAUAAAGACCGGAAGGCCCGAUGUGGCCAUUUAUGGUUGUCCUCAUGAUUCGAAUUUAAAAUGUGUCCGGCAGAUGAGUUUACAGAAUCCAGAAAGGACCACUUUGAUUCCCCUUUUCAUUGUUGGGUGAAACAUCAAGUCGACUGGUUACUUGAUACCGUGUGAUCGCCUGCAUUCGAGUUUAAGUGCGGCUUCAGGAAAAAAACAAAUUUUGCGUCUAGUGGUAUUCUAUGUAAAAACAAAACUUCAUUUUGCACAGUCUGUUAUUGAUGACUCAUGUCGUUAUUGGAUUGUUUCCGUCGGCUGUCGUGUUUAGUUCCAAAGACGUCUUAGGAGAAGGUGUCAAGGUCUUCGGGAUGCAGUUGGACCCCUGAGAAAAACUCGAGAAGUUCUGGCUUUUAAUCCAAACUCCGAGGAACGGCGUAAAGAACUUUCUAAGAGCAUAGAUGCUGCGACAGUCGCUUUGAAAUCUGCUUGUGCGAAUUCCUUCUCGAGGGCUGGAACGCGGCUGGAUCAGAUUGAGGCGCAGUUGAAGGACAAACCCUCCGCUCUGCUUGGCAAACGGAAUUUGGUCGAAAUCGCGGACAAUUUACUCCGAACUGUGGAUAGUCCAAUGCAGCACAAGGUGAAACGUCAAACAGGGAGCUUUUUUAAAUUAUCCGACUAUUUCCUUACAUUCGCGUACUAUUUUGCAAGGCGCAAUUAUGUUUCCAUUGUAUCGUAACUUAAUGGAUAUAACCUAUUCCUGAAUACUUCGCGAAACGGAUGCAGCGGGAUGAUGACAUUCAGACAACAUAGGCAACAUAGAAGAGUUACGACAGAAGCGGAGUACAUUUCGGAUUUAUCACCAUGUAUACCCAGACAUUACAAUCCUCGUCCCACAUCUUAGUUGUUAUUUUCUGUAUACAGCGACAUGUAAUCGGUUAAAAUCCAUUCGAUAUGUGCUCCGUUAACCAGCUAUGUCCAUUUUUGCAUAAACACCUUUGUUGAACUUCAGCUAUCGACGCAAAAGAAAAAUAGGCUUUCAGAAAACAGUUGAGAAGAGGAAGGUGAAAUCACAGCUACAAGACCUUUGUUUGUCCAGCGUUUUGGGUCCUCAUUUGAACCCCUUUGUCAAAGGCGGCUACAGAGAAGAGUUAUGGACGCACAUUGCGUGUAGUACUUGGGGAAUGCGUUCGCCAUUCAAUCACAUACACAUCAUAAUUAGCAGUUCCGUGUUUACUGCCAGUUUUUUAAUAAAUGUUUGGCGCAUAACAAGGAUCCAUAGUCAAAAGCCAUGCUAAUACCAAGUCGUGUGUAGCCAAGCCAAACAGCCACCCGGAAAGUGCCUUAUUGUCAUGAUGCACAGGAAAGAACAAAGUCAAUGAAUGAAACCGGAAAACUCACCAAUUUAGGGGUGCACGGCGUGGUAGUUAAUCAACACCAGUUUAAACAACGUUUAAUAAGGGGGAGUUUAGAAAAUGCCUAAGAAAAAGAGUAAUUUUUAAAAUUUCUGUAAAAACAAAGUGUAGCAAAAUGGCUACCGCAAGCGUGGUGGUCGCCUUUCCAGCCGCAUUUAAGUAGUUACUUGCCUCAACUUCGUCACUGGUGUUGAUUAGUGCUGUGGUAAUCGCCCGGUUAGAAGACGGUGCUGAGAGGUGUUGGACUUCUAACUCACAGGUCGUGGGAUCCAGCCCCAGGUAUUGCACACUCCUGGGUUGGGUAUGAUUGGUUGAUGUCGGUUAAUAGGCCCGAAAUGGCCACUCCAGUUUCCCUUAUCUUUGUCGGUAAUAAUAUUCUGACUAAGAUGAUCAUUUAUAGACACAUGGAGCGUUGCUCAUUUAGCCUAUUCACCGAGUCUUAUCAGAAAAGUGCCCUUUUUCGUGUAGAAUGUGUCGAAGAGAUUUUAUCGGGCACUGUGGGAAGGUAGUUUAGGGAGAUUGCACGUGUCCGUUAUGUAUCUACUACUCAAGCGGUUAUCACAUCUCGUUGAAACUUUGGCCCCGUCAAACCUUAAGAUGUGGCCGGGUCGCAUCGUGUCAGUCGCGAACCGAAAUUCCGAGAUCAUACCUAUUCAUUGCUGCUGCAUGUUAGGGAAUUCGAGCCCAAGCAAUAUUUUAGCUUUCCCAGCGUAUCUGCUUCACCUAAAAAUUUCAGUAGAUCCAGUAAAGGGCUUCAGACGUUCCUCGCCGAGACAGAAGAUUUCAUGGCCACAUUUCUAAUCGCCUGUUAGUUGCUUCCGAGGUGCGUGCAAGACACAACCCAAGGGAUGUAAGAAGGCAGCUGGCGACUUUCGAUUCGGUCUUGAUUACAAGAGCGUUCGCCAAAAUUUGGGGUCACUCUGGUUUGCUCUUUCGUUUCGUUUGCAUAUGUGCCGGUUGGAUAGUUUGCAUGAGUAUCAGCAAGCAGGCUGCCUGAACUGACCGAUCUCAUGAAAUGUUGGCUGAAAUUCUGAAAUGCCUUUUCGAUUAGGAAGGAUUACUUAGGCGCGGUUGCAAUACUGACUAUCUUGCAGUAUAAUCGUAUAAUAUUUCGAACUCGACAGGAUUUCAGCUCUUGAAUAAAUUGCUUUUCAAUCUCCUGCAGAAGCCGUACUUGGUAAAAAAUGACCACUUAUGUAGCAUGCAUUUUUCCUAUUGAUUUUCGGUGAUCUUGUCAAUCAAAAUGUAUUUCAUAGAAACCCCCAACAAAAAUAUGCUUCCUUUCAGUCGUUUGAUGGAGAUUCAAUUCAUGUUUAUAUUUUAAGCUGGAAGAAGUCGUAUAAUUAAGUUUUAAAAUUUUUUUUAUUGCCGAAUAAUUUGGAACCUGAUCGGUCCUUGGAUUAGCGUUCAUUGAUUUAGGUCUACAAGGCGGAUGUGUUCCUAGUACAGAAAAUCACAAAUUCGUCUAUGCCUUUAAAAAGCUAUCAUACAGAGUCCAUAAAAUUUUGCAAUAGAUGCGGACUAUGUUAAACAUUUCAUGAGGAGCUGUGUUGAACGGACAGGUACGAUGCAAUAUGAAUGAACAUUGUUCGGUCCUAAAAACUCUCAUAAUUAUAAACUUUUUUAAAACCUAAUUGUUCUCCUUUUUGAAUAUAAAUUAUAACGAUGACAUGAGUCUCUGUCAAACGACUGAAUGAAAGCAUAUUUUUGUUCGGUGUUUCCAUAAAAUACAUUUUAAUUUGCAAGAUCACUGAAAAUCAAUGGGAAAAUGCAUGCUACUUAGAUAGUCAUUUUUUACCAAGUACGGCUUCUGCAGGAGAUUGAAAAGCAAUGUAUUCAAAAGCUGAAAACCUGUCGAGUUCGAAAUACUAUACGAUUAUACUGCAAGAUAGUCAGUAUUGCAACCGCGCCUAAGUAAUCCUUCCUAACCGAAAACUCAUUUUAGAAUUUCAGCCAACAUUACAUGAGAUCGGUCACUCACUGUAUGUGUUACUUGUAUUUAGGGCGGCAUUUUACCAAUAGAGUCGAAUCUCUAAACAUACAUUCAGACUUCCCCCCCCCGGUUGUAGAUGGUCUGUUCGACAGUUCCCUGGAGAUCCCGCAAACUGAAGGCGUUCAUCUGAUACUACCUCCAACGUGAUACGGAUGUCACCCACCUAAGCACCGUCUAUUCAGCGUACGCUUCUCAAUACUUCCCUAAUUACGCUCGCACUGACCCCGCAGAAAGAAUCAACUCACUCGUGCUUUUCCCAUUAUGAAAUUCUCUUAUUUAUACUUGACAGCCUUCUUCUAAUUCCUAGGCUGUAGUCAAGCUGGGUGAAGUGAGAGAGGCCGCCCAGAACGCCGUAGAAACGCUAGCGGCUCUGGCAGAGUCAGAGUUCACAUUCGAGCACCCAGCCUUUCGCAAUUUGUCUGUUGCCGAAAAUCUGCGCUCCGUAAGUUUAUACUGUUCCUAAUCCGAUCGAUGUCUUCACGCCUCAUCCAACAAUCAAAGCCAAUAAAUUGGAUUUUCUACUUCCGACGACUGGAACUGAUCGUCAAUUUUCUGCAAAAUGUCAGGAGCCUUUUUACCUUCAUCUUCAGGAUUCGACUGUUCGUUUUCUCCUUACUCUGUUCAAAAUUAGUUGAUCUACUCAUGUUUUAGCUAGCUGGUAAAUCGUUAACCGCAAUUCUUGAUCCCUCAUAUCCCCUCCGAAUUGCCAGGGUUAGACAUAUUAAUAAGUAGUCUCCGUAUAAAAGCUAGUUGAACGUAGAUGAGUUCUGAAGGAAAUCAGUGAAAUAAAUAGACCAGAUUUAGAAUUCCACAUUUUUCCAUAUCAGAUAUUUUAUUUAUACUUUCGACACUUUUAAAAAAGUGCUAAAUUCCUCACUCGCAAAUGAAGUAAGCUGAUUCACUUUAAUGAGGCCUUCGACCUACAAAACUGUCUCGGCAUCUUCUACAAAUUUAAUGACACCACGCCGUUCAGCAGCCUUUAUAAAACCUAAGAUUAGUCUUGACAGAACUUUAUUGUGACCUCAACGGACGGGCCUGCCAUUGGACGCCACGAUGAGCGACCUUGCACAGGGUAGUGACGUACGCCGGCCCAUGCCCGAUUUCUGUCCCAAUGAUGAUUUUUUCGCACCUAUUUAAAACCAAGGACUCAUAGCCCACGCAUGAAAUAGCACAGUCACUGGCAAUUAGUAAACCUGGAACUCUUACACAAAAAAGUCGAUAACACUGAAAUCUCCAGUUAAUUUGAUCUUAUUUCGUAGUCGCGCCUACAGUAGAAAAGUCUCAGCCGCUUGUCAUGUUACAGCGGUGGUAGCAGGAGGUUGAACACUAACCCCUACCUCUAAGUCCCAAACCCCCAACCCUAAGCCCUAACCCCCAACCCCCAACCCUAGCCCCAUAACCUAACCCCUGACCCUAACCACUAACACUAACCCCCCAACCCUAACCUCGACCCUGACUAUUAACCCCCAACCCCCAACCUUAUCCUCCAACCCUAACUCUAACUACCGACCCUAGCCCCCAGCUCUAUCCCCUUACACUAACCCCUAACCUCAACCCCUAACUCCUCAGCAAUAACUCCUAACCCUAACCCCUAUCAAGUGGGGCUACGAAAUAAGAUCUUACUCACGAACUUCUGUUUUACUGCCAACAUCACCCAACUGCCAAUUGGGGCAUUUUAGGACGGUACAAGUAGUGAAGACAGCCUAAACUGCUCUGAGAAAAGCCUUUAUUUUGCAGCUCGUUGUACAGCUGGGCAGCAUGAGUCUCCUUGUGAAUGGGAUGUCGCCCGAGGCUGAGACGGAUAUAGAAACAAAUUUCGACAUCAAUCUAUCGAAGGCUGGAGGCGCUUGUGCGUCAGGAUCUGUCGCCAAGUCAUUCGAAAAGUGAGUUUCACCACUCGAAUUCCGUCCAGCUCGUGGUUUUGUGCCGCUUAUGAGUGAACUCGGUUAGAGGGAGGCGGGAUUGCUUUGUAGGGAAAUAGCACAGUAAAGGAUGGAAGGGUUGGACAGACAGUAUAAUUUUAUCGGCUGUUUUCGUGUCAUGAUAAAACACUCCUGAGUGAGUUUUACUUAAAUCAGCUAACGCGUCAUGAAUUCAAUGAAGGGAUUUUAUGGGUAGGGCAACACGAAGGACGGAGAACAAGGGGACAUGGAAAAUGUAUAAAUUUGGCGGCAAAAGUCUAAUCGAAGACUGUGAUUUGGCACACAAAGUAUGCAAGAUAAUCACAAAAAGUGAAAAAAACGUGAUUUUCGAAAAAUGGCAGACUCUGAUUAGACCACCGCUAGUAAGUUUACAUUUAAUCAGGAAGGCAAGGGAAUCUCAACCAAUGAAGACCAUGGAUAGUUAGUGAUGUUUUCAGUCACAGUGAAUUUUAGUGUGCAUGUUGGUUUCGCCAUCUUCGUGGGGUCCUACGCCCAAACGUUACCAAGUCCAGUGUCGUGCAGGCUGUAAAACUGAGCCAAUACUCACUAACAGGUUGGACAGACAGCUUUCUUUCGAGUUGCUGUUCGAACCAACUAUCAGAGCCAACAACAGAUACGGAGCAGUAUUCGUAGGACGCAGUCACAGUGCUUCAUCAAUCUUUUGAAAGUUCGCAGCUCCCCACACAUUUCAUCAGGGAUUGUUGCACAUGGUCCGAUGAUUUUUGCAAUUUCAGCACGGGUGUCGGAUGCUGAUAUGGUGAUUGCUCGACCAUCUGUCUCACCGAUCUUUGAGUUGGAAAUAGUGACUUUUUAAAUCUCCAAGAAGAUAAAUGCGCGAACUUGGCGUAAAGCCUUCGCAUAAAACCUUUUCAGGCUCGGUCCGAGAGUGAAUAUGAAUAUUUGAGCUGAAAUCCCUCAGCUAAUGCACUAUGUGAUUAUUUUCUAUACUGACAACAUGGGUAGUAGCUUAAAGCCCAGACACGCGUGUUUCGCUGAUCUUAUGCCACUUCCUGAUGCAGCUACGUGGGUUUCGGCGUUCCACGUGUGAUUCUGGUAAAUGAGCUCUCUUUUUAUCCUGUCUUGUUUGAUUUCCGAAGGAUUAACUCCAAGUACGCUCACUUAUUUCCGUGGAAAUUAAAUAAGAUGGAAUGAAACGAGUUCCUAUGCAAGAAAACACGGUGAACUUUGGGAGACCCGCUAAUGAGCCUAACCGAACGAAGUUGUGCCAGACCACAAUACACGUGUGUCUUGUAUUUUUUAAAUUAUUGCCGGUGCUGUAAAUUUGAUAGAUGUUCAGGUAGUUAGGAAUAGCGUCCAUCAGUUCGCUCCCGCGUGGGUAUUAAAGCUCUUUUUCGAGCAGCCCUGUCUCCUUCAUCACGACUACCCCCUGAAACUCGUUUAUUCGCUACUAUAAACGGCUUUAGAGGUUGCGAUUCUCAUGCUAUCAGACAUGUGCUUACUGUCAAUUCACGUCCGUACAGCAACGAAUGAAAAAAUAAGAGUUAUCUUGCAGUGCGGAGUUUAAUGAGUGUGCUGCCCACAAGUGAAAUAAUUUGGAAGUUGGUGAUUCUGUGAAAAACCGCUGGAAUGUGCAACACGAGACAGUUAGCAGUGGGAUUAGAUGGGGUUUCUUUUAACAGUGUGAAACUGAUCAAAAAGGUACCUUUACAAAUGACAUUAAUUCCGGGGAAGGCUUUGAUCGGUUCGUCAGGUUUUUUCUAAUUUUUUCCAAAACUUCAAUUUCCUCUAAGUGUGCAUUGGGUCUGAGGACAAAUUUGUCUCCAACCAAGAAAGGUAUCGUCGCAGUCCGUGUUUUUUCGCAUAGAUGGACCAGGCCGUAGUUAUAAUAAACAGGGAUAAAUGGCUGAGUGCGAGUGAUAAAAAACUAGAAAAUGUGAAACAGCUAUGAUAAAAAUGCUGUUAGAGUGACAAGGACCGUCCAAUUUACAAUUAUUUAAACGUCCAAGCUUUGUAGAUGCAGAACACACAACUUUGCCAAAGAUAAAGCCUUCUACACGCUACAAAUUUAUCAACUUAAAGAACGUAACCGAGAUUAUAUAAGGUACGCAUUAUCAGUUGAGCGUAUGCGCAAAAUGACGUAGCCGGCCACUGUUGUAUGGAGUUAUCGCGCAUCUACUGUUUAUGGCUUUCUGAAGAUUUCUGUUAAAGAAGCUCUGGCGGAGGCUUCUAUUUUCGGGGCGCCAGUUCGAGUCUAUGACACUGACCGUGUCCAAUUCGACUCAAUUCGUUCAACAAUAAUAGCAGCAGCAACCGGAGCGGCAGAAAGAGAAACCAUGACAGUCGACGAAAGGAGGAAGAUCGGGGGCGACGAUAGCAAUAAGAAAAGAAAACCAAGAAGAACUCCGCAAUGAAAAAGCUCUUUUGGGAAACAAAUAUCUGCCGAUAAAGCACAGAAGGCUCUGAAUUUAUACGCGGAGGACGUAAAGGCUAGCAGCAUCACCCAGGAGAACUUGAAGACACACUUAUAGCGUUUCGGAGUGUUUCCUUAUAUGGGUAUGUCUAUGAACACGGAAAAGAUUAGCAGAAGGUCAACUGUUGCCUCAUUCUCUGGCCAACAGCAGAUCCGGCUCCAAUCCUUAACAUCGAGCACACUGAUUAUUGAGUGCGGUUUAAUGCCAGAAGUCUUAAGUAGACGGACAAUUGGGAUGAGGCUCAGAAAGGUGAGUUUCUACGAAGUUCACCUGGCAGCAUAUUUUGCAACUGUGAAUAAUGCAGAAUGCUUCUUCCGAAAUGAACAGGCUUGGGGUUAAGACUGGUGCCCCUAUAACGAACCACCCGGCAGAUGCGCUGGACCAACACCGAGACUAGAUUGGAACUGCGUACCCAUAACAAAUCCUAAAAUUGGGGGUCCGGUGGCAGACCCGGAUGCAAGCGCACUCAACCCUUUUAUUAUUAUUGUUACAUCAAACACUGGUCAGUGUACGUUUUCGACUGGCGGGUGUGAUGGCACGCCUGGGCGCGGGUUCUCACCGCGCCAUCCACCGGUAUUCUCUUCCGCCUCCGGUCUUCAUGACUGUGUCUUGACAACGGACCCAGUCGGAGGAGAGGAAGUGGUGGCGGAGGAGGAGAAGAAGAAGAAGAAGAAGAGGAAGAAGAAGACAAGGAAGAAGAAGAAGGAGAAGGAGGAGGGGGAGGAGGAGGUGUGGUGGUAGUGGUGGUGGUGGUGGUGGUGGUGGUGGUGGUGGUGGUGGUGGUGGUGGUGGUGGUGGUGGUGGUGGUGGUGGAGUAGGAGGAGGAGGAGGAAAGUGUGCCAUAGAUGCGGUGUAAUCCAGCUAUCCCUUUAAACCGACUCACGUGCAAGUCACCACGCCUGCUCCUACCCUACUGUGGAGUUUGGGUGGAUAUCGUAGGGUGGCACCGAGUGCCUGCGUGGUCGGAUAAUGAGUUACUGGCUCACUUAACCAGACACUCGCUCAUCGAAACUGUUGUCCGGAAUGCAAACUUCUGACGAUAGGAAUGUUACCCGGAGCUCCGGACUGCUUUAGCAAGGGAAUUCAAGCCCUUAUAGUCACGUGCUUUCACAUUAUAUGGUGGGCCUUCUUGCGUGUUGAGAACACACUUAAAUGUCGACAAAGUGAACUUUAUCUCCGUUGUCAGAAGAAGAGAGGCAUUGACACUGCCGACAGGGCAACGGGCUCGGAGCUUAGUGGCUAGCGGCGUGGACUUCUAACUAACAGGUCGCGAGUUCGAGCCUCGGGUGUUCCACACUUCGGGUUUGGGUACGACCGGCUGACGACGGCUAAUAAGCCAGAAAUGGCCAUUCCAGACUCCCUUGUCUUUUUCGGUUAUGCCAUUUGCCUAUUGGCACAUCUCUCUGUUCAUCCAUUUUAGUCGACAGCAUUAAGUAAAACAUCUUAUCCAGCAGCGUCGGGAAGUGUCUUCUGACUUCGCAUGGGCUAUGGCUGGGAACACCGCAUUCACACCCACAAAAGGAAACCAUCAACCAAUAAAAUUCGUCGCUUUUACCAAAAUCGCAUACUCUAACGUAAUCUCCGACCUCAGAAUUACAUAAAUAUGUACCUCGAAGUUUAACGGUGUCAUCCUUUGUAACUCCAUAGGGAAAAAAAUGUUCGAUCAAUGAUGGCCCUGUUUUUUGCAUACCUUUCAGUUGUAAAGCCUUAACUGCACCAUGAUUUGACUUGGGGCCCUGAUGACACAUACCAUUGCCAUUAAGCGCAUAAGUGAAAAUUUUCCUUGCAUUUUAAUGCAUCGUCUCACUUGUCAGAGGCUAUCAAGACCAGCAGAACAAUGUGCUUGCAUGGGCUAGGUAGACUGCCGACCGAAUAAGGAAAUAAGAUCGUUGAAUCAAGAGCUUUAUCCGCCUGACGUUUCAGGCUUCUGUCCGGUCUUGUUGUCAGAGGCAACAGCAGCUACUGACAGUUCACACACACGGCGCUGCAUCCUAUAAAAAAUGUGUCGCCUUAUUCACGAACUACCUGUAACUGAUCUCUCCUCGGAUGAUGGUUUCGAACAGGAGUCCGAAAGGUAAAUAACGCCCUUGAUCCGCCGACAGAGUCUUCCCCUUCACGUCUGCUUUCUGUAACUAGCCUCAUCGCUUCUUUAUGAUUGGUGAGCGUCUGUCCGCAUCACGCAUAGUUUGACUUUUUAUUUCACGCAAAUAAGAAACACUAGGUGUUUUUUGGUUCUUUCCAAGUCUUAGUAGGAGUCCUAAAGUAGACUCCCCCGUGUAAAUCGUUCUUCUUGAAUUUUUGCAGGUUCCUUCCAAACUGA